UUGAUUCAAGUUGCAACAUAAUCAUGAAUUAUUCGUCCUCGCGGAAAUGUCUGCUUACUUUGGAAACGAGCAAUCAGAGAACAGAUUAAAUUAUAAAUAUUCUACUCCUCUAAAAACUAAAAAGCGAAACAGGAGCAAGAUUAACAACCACGAGACAGAAGCGCUCGCGUAGUCUUGAUCGCUUUGAUCACGUUAGAGAAUAAAAGUCGCGGGAUAUACAGCUAAAAGUCGGGUGGGGUAUCUUUUGCAUCGCGCUUGUCGUUGGGUCGUUUAACGAGGGCUAAAGAAAGUGGCGGUUUCUAAGAAUGUCUAACGUAAGAUCCGAGAGCGUCGACUCUCGUUAGAGCGAAGGUGGGGAUAGGUGUGUUCUAAUCCGUAUUACCUGGAUACUUUCCGGGUGUGUUUUCACAGGCGACGAAUCCGUACCUGACCGGUAUGCCGCAGGUUGGCAACACGUACAGUCCGUAUUUCGCGCCCAGCCCGAUCAUGCCCACGAUCAUGGGUCCGGCGGACCCCACUGGAGUCGGAAGCCCGUUGGGCGUGGUGCCGCAGACGGUGGCGAUGCCGCAGAAGAUGCCACGUACCGACCGCCUCGAGGUAUGUCUACCACCAAACUACAUUCAACAACAACAACAACAACAGCAACAACAACAACAGCAUGGGGCCCAACACGGCGCAGCCGGGGCCUCAAGGUGCCCGAUGGCCGCGCCCAAUACCGUGUAUCAAGUGCCGGCCGGUCCCCCCAAUCAGGUGUCGCCCGUUUCCACGAUGCAGUCUGUCAAUCAUCCACCAUCCCCGACCACGAUCACCACCACCUCCUUCUGCACCCCGUUACACAAUCCCCAUGCUCACCAUCACCCGAUCCACAACUUGAUCUACGUCCACGCAUACUACUGAAGACGAUCAAAUUCGUCUCGCGACAUUCUCUUCUUUUCCCUAUCUUUCUCUUCCUUCUUUAGAGGAAUUCUCGAUUCGAUUCAUUACCCUUUUGUACCGGUGUCUGCGUAUCGUUGUAAGACGUUUUUCAUUUCGAGGAUUUUAAUUUCGAUUUGUACCCGGGUGAUACGAACGUCGUGACGAGUUGUACCGGUUUAAUUUCAAGUGUGUCUGAGUUUAUUUUCAUUCGUGUUCAGGACCACGAGACCGCUUAGUGUUCCUUUUAGAUAACGCGCAAAAUUCGAGUUCGUUCGGGAGCAGGUCAGCCCGAGCUGGAUCGAGAUUUUCGAACAGAGAGACA